AAUUUGAAACUAAAAUUAAUGAAACCUUCCAUUCAGUCACCAGCUAGCAUAGGUAUGCCACCAAGUAGGUUAAACACAAUCUGUACUUGCUUGGAAUUUUGGUUUGUGGCAGUGGCAGCCAGGUUGACAAAAACAACAACAUUUUAAUGUUUUAUUUUGAUUUUGUUUGAUUGUUUUUUCCAACAAAAGAAAAGAAACAUAAACAUAGUAAUUGGAAGGAAACAGAAGACAAUAAGAGUGCAAAUACAUUAUGACAUCACAUUGAUAAACAUUUGCUUAAAGUCUUCAACACCUGAAAUUUAUCAUCUUUGAUUAUUUCAAAACAUGGAACAACUUGUUAAGUUCAUCAUUCGUCCACCAAGAGCUGAAUAUGAUCCAAAAAGUGAUCUAUUGGAUAAUGAGUUCAUGCUGAAAGGGAAAUGGUUUCAACGGAAGGAUGUCGAGAUAAAAAACGACCGUGGUGAUGUUCUUCAAUGCAGUCAUUACAUGCCUAUAGUCAGUCCUGAUGGAAAGCCGCUACCGUGCGUGAUAUACUGCCACGGAAACAGUGGAUGCAGGGUAGAUGCCAGUGAAGCUGCUAUGGUUUUACUUCCUUCAAAUAUUACAGUUUUUGCUUUGGAUUUCUCAGGAUCUGGAAUUUCAGGAGGGGAACAUGUCACUCUUGGUUGGAAUGAAAAAGACGACCUUAGGGCUGUGGUUAACUAUCUGCGGACAGAUGAAAAUGUAUCCCUCAUUGGCUUAUGGGGACGCUCAAUGGGCGCUGUGACUAGCCUUAUGUAUGGUGCUGAGGAUCCUUCAAUUGCAGGGAUGGUUUUAGACAGUCCCUUCUCUGAUUUGGUUGAUUUGAUGAUGGAACUUGUAGAUACAUACAGAUUCCGUCUGCCCAAAUUCACUGUGAAGUAUGCAAUUCAAUACAUGCGGAGAACAAUCCAGAAGAAGGCAAAAUUUGAUAUAACGGACUUGAACACCAUUAAGGCAGCCAAAUCUUGCUAUGUUCCUGCUCUACUAGGGCAUGGCAUUGAUGAUGAUUUCAUACGUCCUCAACACUCAGAUCGCAUACUCGAGGCUUACAAGGGAGAUAGAAACAUAAUAAAAUUUGACGGAGACCACAACUCGCCACGUCCUCAGUUUUAUUUUGAUUCCAUAAACAUCUUUUUUAACAAUGUUCUUCAACCUCCAGAGGAUGAGCUCGGGGAAUCUUUUUUUGACUUUACUAAUGAUUACUUUGGUAAGGACAUUUGGCGAUCUGUGCAUGAAUUAGGCUAUGAAAAUGAACCGUCAUCUGAAAACAAAGAACCAUCGAGAAGUACCGUGGACGCCGUUAAGCAAGUCCAUUUAAAAAGACCAAUGAGCAGGAUGGAGGAAGAGAAAUGUGAUGAUUUUUCCUCAUCAUCGUCAACAAUGCUUAGCUUUGAACUAUCAAAUGGUAAUCUAUAUGAUCCUCGCGUUCCUGCCACGUUGGAUGAUGAUCAGUAUGUGGAAUAUCAUCUUGAUGACCUUACCGGCAUUCCAUCUAAUGCAGAGGAAGAACAAAGAAUGUUGAUGGAAGCAUUGAUAGAAUCUCUAAAAGAACCCGAAAUACAAUAUCUGCAGGUAGAACAAUCGCUGUUAGAACCAUCGGAUAAAGAUGACUCACAUGCUUCUUCACACGAGAUUUCCAAACCUAUGGAGACAGAAUCGUCUUUAGUCAAACACAGUGCGCAUUCAGCAGCAAAAAUCACUAAUGCAGCAUUUAAUGUCUGUGAGCCAUCGAAAGCUGAGUCAAAUGCAGCCUCAUCACCAUCGUCACUGGACACUUCAUCCGGCAAUACAUGUUCUUCACAUAGUGAUAGUUCUGCUAGCUCAAAAUGUUCAUCAGAGAUUGACAUAUCACAUAAAACAAAAGCCACGUUAACUGUCACUAGGAAUCCAGCAGGGCAUGUCAUGAAUGGCUUAAUGCGUCGAUGGGAUUUCAACUUUCUUAGAAACAGUCACAAACAGCUAAAAUAGUUAAGUCUUAUUUAUCGAUAUAGGAGGUUAUACAUUGUUUUUGUCACUAUAUAGGAAAAAGUUUGUAGUUUGUAAAAUGCUUGACAAAAGAAACGAGUUUUUGUGUGUAAGUUUAGCAGGUGUGAAUUAUUAUUUUACAGAUCAGUUAAUGUUCUUUGACUGUAAGAGAGGAUUGUUGUGAUUUUACACUCAUACAACAAAGGUUUAUGGAUUUCUCAAUUUAUU